AUGAAUUUUUUAGGAUUGUCCAAUAAAAAUAAAACUUUAAGGACAAAAAAAAACAUACCAGAAGGUACAAAACAAUUUCAACUUCAGAAAUAUGCAGAAGCAACUCUUGGUUUAGGAAAUUUAAAAGUCGCUGUAGCAUUACCUGAAGGUGAAGAUGUUAAUGAGUGGUUAGCUGUUAAUACAUAUGAUUUCUUAAAUCAAAUAAAUAUGUUAUAUGGAACAAUCACUGAAUUCUGUACACCACAAGAAUGCCCUGUAAUGUCUGCUGGAGCAAAAUUUGAAUAUCAUUGGUCUGAUGGAGAUAAAUUUAAAAAACCAGUAAAAUUAUCAGCUCCAGUUUACGUUGACCAUUUGAUUGAAUGGGUUCAAAAUCAACUUGAUGAUGAAUCAAUAUUUCCAAGUAAAAUUGGUGUCCCAUUUCCUAAAAAUUUUCAAAAUGUUGUCAAAACAAUUUUCAAACGACUAUUUAGAAUUUAUGCACAUAUUUAUUUGGCACAUUUCUCUGCUAUUGUUGCUUUGGUCUAA